AUGCUUUACGGUUACAUCGCUCUUGUCAUCAGCCUGUUGGGAGUGAUUCACUCUUCUGAUGUUCAACACCGGCCUGCUCAAUGUCCGAAGAACUUCAACGAGGAAAUCCGCAUUGGUUUGGAUGGUGGCUAUAAGAUUGUACAGCUGGACUUCACAAGAGUCAAGUCUUACAAGUGCUUCUAUGUUUCUUUAACAAAGCCUAACAGAGCAUUUUUCAAAACUGAUUUAAGUAGAAACGCCGCUGUACGACCGACAUGGAAAGGGUUCUUUGAAGAUAAGGAUAAACUUUACGUUGUGCUGCCUGUGAUUAACGAAAGCAAGACCUGCCCAGAGGGUUCAACUUUCGUCGACUUCACUCCAAUCGACAAAAAAGACUAUGCCGUUUGCUCGUUUUUGGAUGCCGAAACAGGCGUGAUUGUUGAUAAAGAUGACGUCCAGUUGACUCAUCUAGGACGAAGAGUCGCAGAAUUUUCUUAA